AUGACAAAGAGGCAGUGGAGCGAUGACGUGGAACUGUCUCAAAUCAGCCCAGCGCACUUGGUACGUCAACAGAAAAAUAUGAAGAUUAUGCUCACUUCGCGGAGGAGAAGGGAAGUCGAAGAGGAUUUGGUGGGAACAUUGUGUAUGAAGCGUGGAGAUCAGACAAGAGAGAUUCGCAUCACUUUGAAUAGUAUCUUCUGGAUUGGCAGAGAUCCUUCCUGCGAUUUAGUGAUCAGUAAUCCUCGCAUCUCUCACCGCCAUCUACGACUGUACGCUGUAAGAACUACUACUGCACUGUCCAUCGCAAUAAUUCAUGACACAUCAACCAACGGAUACACCGUCAACAAGGAAAACUAUGGAUCCUACAAAGAGAGGAUCGAUGGAAAGGAGAUAAGCACUAAAAGUAUGAUUCUAAGAGAUGGCGAUAUCCUGGAACUACCUGGAAUUGAUGGCUCGUUUACGUACUCCCACCAUCCUCACGCAUUGUUUAGUGUUCCAUCGACGCAAGAGAUCGCAAAGGAUCUCCGUGUAUUCCAUACUUCAGAUCCAAAAUCUCAUUUCCUAGUUAAUCCGUGGAUCAUUCAUAAUUAUCCUUUAGGGAGUGGAUCCUGGGGAAUGGUUCAUCUCGGUACCCACAUCUCAAACAAAAUUCAAGUGGCGAUUAAAACGGUCAACUGUCAGCCCGGAUAUGAAUAUAAGAUCAAACUUGAGAUUCGGAUCCUGAAAGACGUGGAUCAUCCCAAUAUACUGAGACUACUUGAUUAUGUCGCACAUAAAGAUGAUGAUGAAGUCCAGAAGAUCCAUUUAGUAUUGGAACUUGUGACUGGAGGAGAUAUGUUCAGUUAUAUUCAGAAACAUGUUCAUUUGAGAGAAGAUGAGACGAGGUGGAUUGGAUGGCAAUUGAUCAGCGGGUUGAAAUACCUACAUGAAAAAGGAAUCGCUCAUAGAGAUGUAAAACCCGAGAACAUCCUUCUCCAUACCUCUUGUGCGUAUCCUCGAAUACUCUUAGGUGACUUCGGAUCCGCUAUCACCAAAUCUCGACUUCUUUCGACUCUGGACGAUGGGUUGCAUCAUAGUAAACCUUACGAUGCCAAUGUGACUUCGAUCUAUCUUCCGCCUGAAUAUGUCAAGGGAAGCUGUGGUCUUGUUCCACCGUACGAGGGGGUAAAGGAGGAUGUGGGUAAAAGAUGGUGGAGAGAAGAAAGAGGGAUGGACAUGUGGGCGACCGGCGUCACGCUAUACUGGAUAGCCACUUGGCGGCAUCCUUACAGCGAUAUCAAUACCGGCCAUUGGUGUCAGUAUGGCAAUUCGCAGCCUGCUCAUCAGACCGCGACCAGAUCGGGAAGUCCUGUAGAGGACAUAUCUACGGAAUCUUGUCUACAGGACGAAGGCUUUUUAUCUGAUGAUCCUAUCGAAGAGUUUGGGACACAGGAAGGAGAAGAUGAACUAGAUGAACAUGGCUUAGAGGAUCAUCUCGAUCAUCUAAAAAUCAUUUCAGAGAAUUUACACACCCAUAUCAGUAAGAGAAGCAAAAUCAUUCCCCCCAGCCACGGUUCAGCCGUCCCGCAGCCUUCCAUGGCGCUAAAAAGACAGUUGACUAUUGAUCUCAUCAAUGACGAAAUUGAAGUCUUCAAGACAAUGGAUAUCAGCCAAUGGGUCGAACAUGACGUAUGGGAUAAAUGGUCCGAAGGAGGCAAGGCCUUCAUCAGCAGUCUGCUGGAACCCGAUCCCGACAUACGGAUGAGAGCUUCCAGAGCACAUGAUCAUCCAUGGUUCACAGACAAUGCAGACGAAUUAGUCUAUAUCCACGAGAAAGUCUUGAGGAAAGAGCAAGUUAUCAGAUGGUUAUUGUGA